GCUACACUUAGUUUACUAAAAAUAAAGUUAUAAAUAAAUUAGCGAGGGAAGCAUUUAUGUUUUGAGGAAUCAGCUGACUGAUAAUUUAAAAAGAAAAAAAUGGCAUGCACUUAAUAAUCGAUACCACUAGAUGGCAUCAUCGAAAAACCUAUAUAAAUACUGUACAUUCAUAACAGAGGCUUCUUGCUUUUAAGCGAGAACGAUCAAUGUUAACGUCUGGAGGUUUUAUUUUAUAACAAAUAUGGUUCGUGAAGAAGUUGUUACUCAUAUUUUAGACGAAUCCUCUGGAGUUUCUUCGGGGAGCGUAUGCAGUUCCGACUGUGAAUCGUCAUCCGCAACAUCCAGAUCAUCGUCUCCCAUUUUGCAAGGAACUUACAACUCUUUAAUCGAUAGAAUUCAUCACAGAAUCGACACGGGAGACAAGUUUUUUUCUUUAGAAUUCUUCCCACCUCGAACUAAAAGUGGAGCUGUUAAUUUACUGGCAAGAUUUGACAGAAUGAAGCAGGGAGGCCCGCUUUUCUGUGAUGUAACGUGGCAUCCGACUAGUAAUCUAAACAUUGAUUCGGAGACAAGCAGCAUGACAAUUGCAGGAGCGGCUCUAAACUACUGUGGUUUGGAAACGAUGUUGCAUUUAACUUGUAUCAAUCAAACCAAAGAGGAAGUAAAUCAGAACCUCAGAAGAGCUCGUGACAUUGGUUUAAAAAAUAUCUUAGCACUUAGAGGAGAUCUUAUAAAAGGUGAAGAACAGAAAGCGCACACAUUUUCAUAUGCUUCUGAUUUAGUAAAACAUAUUCGAGAAACUUUUGGAGACUAUUUUGUUAUCGGAGUAGCAGGCUACCCCUGGGCACAUCCUGAAUCUAAAUCCUAUGAGGAAGAUCUAUAUCAUUUGAAAAAGAAAGUGGAUGCUGGUGCUGAUUUUAUCAUUACACAAAUGUUUUUUGACUCCAAAAGGUUUAUUGAAUUUGUGCGCAACUGUAGAAAAAUUGGAAUUAAAGUACCAAUUAUACCCGGAAUACUACCUAUACAGAGUUAUGAUUCCUUGCGUCAUAUAGUAAAAUUAUCAAAGCUGCAAGUACCUUCUUCGAUUAUAGAAGCUGUUAAAUCUAUAAGGGGUAAUGAUGAGGCCAUCAGAAGAUAUGGAAUAGAACAAGCUGUGAAACUGUGCCAAGAGUUACUAUCCGACGAUAAUACUCCAGGUUUGCACUUCUACACACUGAAUCGAGAAAUAGCUACUACAACAAUAUUAAAAGAACUCGGAUUAUGGAAUAACUGCCCUCAUAAACCAUUGCCUUGGCCCGUUCCAGUUAAUCAUAGGAGAUGUAGUGAAACUGUCCGUCCAAUCUUUUGGAACUUAAGACAUAAGAGUUACGUUUACAGAACUCAGACAUGGGAUGAAUUUCCAAAUGGUCGUUGGGGAAAUUCUGCUUCACCAGCUUUUGGAGAAUUAAAGGAUUAUUAUUUAUUUUUUAUGAAGAAUAAAUGCUCAGAUGAAAUGUUACUAGACAUGUGGGGUAGAGAACUUGCUAAUGAAGAGGACAUAUGGGAUAUUUUCUAUUGUUAUUUAACAGGAAAACCAAAUAAAGAUGGUUUCAUGGUAACACAAACUCCAUGGAAUGAUUCAGAGUUAAGUGCUGAAACAACUCUGAUUGCAGAAAAACUAUCAUCAUUUAAUAAAAAAGGUAUUUUAACUAUUAAUUCACAACCCAAUGUUAAUGGCUUAUGUUCUACAGAUCAGUGCGUUGGAUGGGGAAUUCCUGGAGGUUAUGUCUACCAAAAGGCAUAUUUAGAAUUUUUUACAUGCAAAGCAAAUAUUAUUGCUCUAAAAGCAGUUCUUAAAAAUUUCCCACUUGUAAAUUAUCACAUUAUUAAUGCAAAGGGUGAUGAAGAUUUUAAUAAUUUUCAUAUGGACAUGCCAAAUGCUGUUACAUGGGGAGUAUUUCCAGGACGAGAGAUUAUUCAGCCAACCGUAGUGGAUCCACUAAGCUUUAGAGUGUGGAAGGAUGAAGCAUUUGCACUGUGGAAUGAACAAUGGGCUAAGCUGUACCCUGAAGAAUCAACAUCAAGAAAUUUAUUAAAUAAAAUUAGUCAAACUUAUUAUUUAGUUAAUCUAGUUGACAAUGAUUAUCCAAAAGGGAAUUGCUUAUGGAAUAUUUUAGAAGAUAUGUUUAAUCUCAGAGCAAAGACAGAAAAAGGAAUCUGA